CUCCCCGGAGGAGCCUCCUUGUCCUCCUCUGCGGGGCUAGUCAACAGCAGCACCGGGCAGCUGGGUGGGCGAGCCAGAGCCAGAGGCGGAUCGUCGGAGACCCUGGCCCCCUGCCCAGCCCCUGGGCCACUGGGGGGCCAUCGCCCGCUGCCCCCCCCCGUCUUCGGCCACCAUGCCCCCUGGAGCCUAGACUGGACAUAAGGGGCACUGCCCACCUGGUCCACCCUGCAGGGCUUGGCAUGCCCCCUGGGGGGCUAGCAAGGCUCCCCCGAGGCCUGCCUUGCAGGGGGGGCGUUGGCCCUCCUUAGGGGCCCCUGCGAAGGUGAGGAUGGCCUUGGGGCCCUGGUGGCCGCAGGCGGUCUGGCCCUCCUGGUGAGCCUGGUGGCCAACACACCCCUUGGAGGAGUGGCCCCUGGGCUAGAGCGCUUUUCGGGGGACAGGACCAUGAGCGGCGAGAAGAAGAAGAGUGGCUUCCAGAUCACCAGCGUCACUUCAGACUAUGAACAGAAGGAGGCGGCUUCCUCGGCCAGCAACGGAGAAGCCAAGUGGCCCACUGGCCCCAAAGCGGCCCUGGAAGGUGACAGCAACGCCAGCCAGAGGGCCAACGGUGGAGGCGGCGGAGGUGGCACCGUGCCCAAAAACGGGCCCUCGGUCCCCACUUCCCCAGGGGCCUCGGCCCCCUCCUCCCAAGGCGGGCACCCCAUAGUGGUCACCGGUGUGGCCAGUUCACGGUUCCGGGUGGUGAAACUGGACCAGGGCUUGGGAGAGCCCUACAAGCGCGGCCGUUGGACUUGCCGGGAUUUCUACGAGCCGGAGGUGGAUCACCACUUGGCGGGGCGGCUGGCCGAGGCUGGACGGCACCCUCAGUCCCUGGAUUCCCGGCUGGAGGUGGCCGGACUCUUGGCCAAGCCACAGAGCCCCUUCAGCCCCCAGCCUCAGCGCCGCCAAGGAGGAGGAGGUGUCUGUGUCAGCCUGCAGUCCCAACUGGUGCUGCCUGCCCCAGGGCCAACGUCGGGCCACCAGGCCCAUUCCGUAGGGGGUGGCCUCCCAGUCCUGGUCCGGCCCCACAGGACUCCCUCCAGCCCGGUUCCCCUCCGGAGCCCCGAAACACGUCUGCCAGCUCCUCUGGGACACAGUGCCAAAGAGCCAGGUGGUCCUGGGCCCACUGGGUCAAUGGUCCCAACCUUAGUGGUGGAGGAGCAUCUCCUGCCCAAGAGCGUCACGCAGCUGAUCCAGAGGGAGACGGAAGAGCGGCGCAAGGUCUCGCCAAGACAGUCCCGCUCACGCCCAUCGUCCCCAGCUCCCCCACUUUUCCGUGAUGCCAGCCCCAACCGGAGAACUUCGGACCCCUUUGGUUCUGCCCGCUUCAGCCUGGCGCAGUCCAUGUUUGGCAUGGGUGCCCACGACAGCGAUGACGACAGUGGAACCAGCAGCAGCAUGAUUGCCAUAGACAACAAGAUUGAACAAGCCAUGGACCUGGUGAAAAGCCACCUGAUGUUUGCUGUGCGUGAGGAGGUGGAAGUCCUGCGGGACCAGAUCAAGGAGCUGUCUGAGCGCAAUGCCAUGCUGGAGCAGGAGAACGCCCUGCUCCGCUCCCUUGCCAACUCAGAGCAGCUCGCCCAUUUCCAGGCUCAGCUCCACGCCACCAAGCCCCCUUCCAGUGGCACCGCAUGACCCCGGACUUGUGGCGAGUGGACAGAAGGGGUGGACAUGACGGACGGACGAGAGACGGACACUAAGGACAGAAGGGUAGCGGCGUGCGAGGAAGGGAGUGUUACUCACUAAUGGAUUCCCACAGAUGUGAACAGGGUGUGUGUGUGUGGGGGGGGGCAGCGUGGCACCAGAGCAGCUGGAGUCAGGUGCAUGAGUGGGGUGAGCGGGUGAGUAUGUGUGAGCAGAGCCAGCCUUUUGGGGCAGGUUGGGGGGAGGAAGGGGGCUACUAACACGGCAUGUGCCUUCAGGGGGUGGGAUGGAGACUUGCUUUUAUCACCCCCAGCUCUGGGAGAGGAUUGGGACCUUUUGUGGGAGGUGAACUUUGCAGGUUGGGGGGCUUUGCUAGGUGGGGUGAUGCUCAGGGGCCCUCCAGAGGAGCCAGGCUCCUCUUCCCCGUUCCCCACCCCAAAUUUCAGUCUGGGAAGCCUUUGCCAUCAUCCCAGUGGAAUGUGGGCGGAGAGAUGGGCUUGGCACCUCAGACACAAUUAGAAACAGGGUGAGGAGGGGGAGAGGGGCAUCGGGAAAAGAUGGGAGCUGGUCAGAAUUUUAUAUUAAGAUCACUUUUGCAGUAUUUCAGGUUAUUAAAGAAACUGUUAAUGGCU